AUGCCUAGUCUGGCCGUACGAUCGCCGUCAUCUGUAGCUAGCGGAUCGAACCUUGUUUCAUACAAUCGCUUCACGUUGGUUUCAAUAGAGAUGCCACCGGAAAUAUCGCUCCUAUACGGGAAUGAGGCACCUGUCAAAUGCUGGGAUGUGGAAGACUUUGCGUUCUUCGGAACCCAUGGCUUCCAUCGAAAUUGGGGUUCGUUUGUACUUGAUACAAACACCCUAUUCAUCUGCUUUUGGCAUAAGAAGGAUAGUGAAUGGGACUUCGAAGCGAGUCUUCUAGACUUGUCAAGACCAGAGGUCUACGGGCUAUGGAAGGACCUAUCUCUCUUUGCAGAGCAACCAGGCUGCCAUCCAAACACAGUUCAGUAUAUGCUGAAAAGGGUUGAAGGUAAGAUGCAGUCUUCUGUCAAGACUUGGUUCAAGGGUAGGGAAAUCAAACUGUCAUUCAAAGUCUGGCGCGCCGAGAGUGAAAGUCUGUGCAGCGGUCCGCGAUGGAGGGUUGUUUUCAGCACGACGAGCCGUUAG